AUGCAGCAUAGAAAGAAUAACAAUCCACUUGAUAGAAAAGUCCCUGCGCGCAGCUCUAAGUACCAGCAUAUCCAAUCAGUUGUAAAUACUGGGAAAACUAUGAAACAUGUAGAAAUUGUUAGCAAUCAAACAGCUGCAAAGCGAAAAGGAGAACUCUUCAAAAGAAUCAGAUGCAGCACUCUAGCAAAAAUCUUACUCCCUAAUAAACAAUGAACAGCUAUAUUUUUUUUUUUCCAAAAAUAUUUAUUGAUUAUCUUUGAUAAUUGAUUUAAAAUAUCCUUUUUUUAUUUUAAUUUAAAUAUAUUGCUAUAAUACUUUUGAAUAUAUUUUUAUAUUUAUAAUAUAAUACUCAAUAUAAUUCAUUGAUUUAUUUCAUUUUCUUAGUUUAAAUAUAACUACUAUAAUACUAAAAGAGUCAAUAUGGAAAAAAAUCUGAUAGAAGUUCAUAAUGAUACAAAAUUAAUAGCCAACCAAAAAAUAUGCUUCUUAUUAAUUUGGGAUCUUAGAAAAUAUAAAAAGAGAUAACCCUAACGAAGCUGGCCAUGAAGAAUUCAAAGAAAUGACUGACAAUGCCAGCAUUUACAGCAGUGCCCUUAGUGAUGCAUUAUCCACAUUUUCAGUUAUCACAGUCAACACUCAAGCUCUCGGCAUCACCGAAGAUUCAGAAUUUGUGAUACUUGACGUAAGAGAAGAAGACGACUAUCACCUUUUCCACAUAAAAGAAAGCAUUUGCUUCCCUGCACCCAAUAUCACUCGAGAUCGAAUAAUUCCAGAAGUGUUCCGACUUAGAAACCAGCCUGAUAAAUUCAUUAUCGUUUAUUCCUGGGAAGAAAGGCCAGGUGUAGAAGCAGCCCAAAAAUUUGCUUUAAGAGGCUAUGAUAAUAUUUAUUUGCUUUCUGGAGGAAUCAAUGAAUUUUUUGUGAAUUUCCCUCAGUUUAUAGAAGGCGAAAUCCCAGAACUUCCAAAAAAACCUAGUAAAACCAUUACAAAUAACCGUUAA